CUUGGAAGGGAAGGACAUGCAAGAUUAGUAGCCCAAUUCUGUGCAGCUUUAUGUGGAACGCCUUGCUCAUUAUAAGACUUCCCCUCAGGACAGAAUGAAGCCUCUGGUCCCUUACUUCCUGGUGGUUAUUUGGAUUGUGAUCGGUAUGCAAGAAGGUGUGCACAUGGACGAGUGUAUCUUUGAGAAGCUGGAUGGUGAAGAAAGCAUGUUUUGCAGAGGGCAUCUACAGAUUUUGUAUCCAGAACUGGGAGAUGUUGCCUGCACCUAUAUUCCAAAGUGCAACCUAUACCGCAAACAGAUCAGCAAGGAAUGGAGUAGUCCAAAAGUCAGAUACCAGCAGGCAGAUGAGAAUAAGAAGUAUGUUCUCAUCAUGGUGGAUCCAGAUGCUCCGAGCAGGGCCAAUCCAAAGUACCGCUUCUGGAGACACUGGACUGUCAUCAACAUCCCCGGUGCUGACCUGAAGAAGGGGAAGCUCCAAGGCUUUGUGCUGUCAGACUACCGCCGACCCACACCACCAUCUCGAACUGGCUAUCACCGCUACCAGUUCCUCCUCUAUGAACAGCCAGCUAGUCAAGAUAUAUCCUUGAGUCCAGAGGAGAGCUCAUCUGCAGGUUCCUGGAAAGUGGAGAACUUUGUGAAUAAGUUCCAGCUUGGAACACCUGUAGCUUCAGCCCAGUUUAUGACCAAGCAUUACAGCGACUAGGAGCAGCUGCUGCAGCGUUCCCCUUUGCUCCGAGAAGCUCUGGCUUGCAUUUUCCUCUUCAGAACAGAAGGGUGACUCAACUGUCUUUAUGCAACACCCACCUGUUGGCAUGUCAAACACAUUAAAAUCCAUUUCCUUGGGGCUUUGUCAAACUCACUGUGAUUUGCACUCUUAGGAUGCUAACCUUCUUCCUGCUUAGUUUCACUUAGCUCUGAAGAGGUUUGUAUGGGCACUUCUACCUGUUUGGACAUUCUCGAGCGAAUCGUAUGGGGGUGGGGGAGCAGUACCUGGAGGACGUCUAUGGGUGCUUUGAGUUCUUUUCAUGUUAGUCUAAUCCCAACACAUCCCAUCCUAAGCAGUCUAUAACUCUCACUAUGCAUAUCCUUGCCCCCAGCAGCUAGGAUGUCUGGGGAAGCUUCUUCUCCUGAAAGUAUAAUUGUGUGCAUUUUUCUGGAAGCAAGUGUGUAUCACAAGCCUUCUUGCUCAUUAGGCUUACAAAUUACAAAAUAAAAAGUCAAAGAAGCUGGGCCUCUCAGAGAUACUGGUUGCACCUGUCCCUUUCCCCAGAGCUAGUUUGGUUCAGAUCCUACUCUGAUUUUUCAUUCAAAGAGGCAUAAAGAAAAGUUCCCCUACUGCAGCUUUUUGUGGGGCAAGUAGAUUGCAUCCAGUGCCUGUGAACCUUUCAAACCAUUGUGUUCUUUGUGUUCUUACCAAGUUUUAAAUGCUUUCUCCCAUCCAAUACUGCUGCUAUCGCUGAAGGACCCAAGCUGUACAGGUGCUUUUUGCUUAGCAUAUUCUCUUGGCACUAAACUGCUCAUUUCUUUUAUAGUGCUUCCCUUCAUAAUCUCCUUUCCAACCCAAGUAUACAAUUAACACUUCUGAGUUGUGUGUGUUUUUUCCCCUUUAAAUAAAUACCUGCUACAUUCUGCAAGAAUCACAAUAAAGACAAAUCUGCUUGUGA